AUGUCUAAAGCUGUAUGUGCAUUUGAGGCUUGUGGUUGUAAAAUAAUUACUAUCAAUGACGCAAAUAUCAUCAGUUUACCAAAUACUGCUCUUGACACAUUUCGCCUAAUGAGACAUCGUAAAGAAGUUGAACAAGAUAAUAACAAAAACAGUGAUUUUCUAAUAGUGGGUGAUGUCUGGGACUUUGAUAACAUUGGUGUGUCAAGGGAUAUUCCAGCAACUAACAUCACUGAUGUAACAGAAGGGUCCUUGAUAACUGCAGACGACUUUGUAUUUUCUCAUGAAGAUAAGAUAUGGACAAUCACCAAAUGUGUAAAAUAUCUCAUAUGUGCUGACUGUGAUAAGGGCCCGAUAGGUAUGGUAUGUGAGAUUGCUGAUAAGUCAACAGGCUCGGACAAGAAGAUUGUUCACAUGCUAAGUCUCAAGAGUGUUACUCAUUAG